AUGGACCCAGCCGCGACCGCCAUUUUGGGGUCUUCCCUAAGGACUUCUUACCGGCUUUUCGUGCCGCAGCCACCGCUCCCCGCGGCCUUGCCGGGCAGGAUGAAUGUGAUAGACCACGUGCGAGACAUGGCGGCCGCGGGGCUGCACUCCAACGUGCGGCUCCUCAGCAGCUUGUUACUUACAAUGAGUAAUAACAACCCUGAGUUAUUCUCCCCAUCUCAGAAGUACCAGCUUUUGGUGUAUCAUGCAGAUUCUCUCUUUCAUGAUAAGGAAUAUCGGAAUGCUGUGAGCAAGUAUACCAUGGCUUUACAGCAGAAGAAAGCCUUAAGUAAAACUUCAAAAGUGAGACCUUCAACUGGCAAUUCUACAUCCACUCCACAGAGUCAGUGUCUUCCAUCUGAAAUUGAAGUGAAAUACAAAAUGGCUGAAUGUUACACAAUGCUAAAACAAGAUAAAGAUGCCAUUGCUAUACUUGAUGGGAUCCCUUCAAGACAAAGAACUCCCAAAAUAAACAUGAUGCUGGCAAACUUGUAUAAGAAGGCUGGUCAGGAGCGCCCUUCAGUCACCAGCUAUAAGGAAGUGCUGAGGCAGUGCCCAUUAGCCCUUGAUGCCAUUCUAGGUUUGCUGUCCCUAUCUGUAAAAGGUGCAGAGGUGGCAUCAAUGACAAUGAAUGUCAUCCAGACCGUGCCUAACUUGGACUGGCUCUCUGUGUGGAUCAAAGCAUAUGCUUUUGUGCAUACUGGUGACAACUCAAGAGCAAUCAAUACCAUCUGUUCACUAGAGAAAAAGUCAUUAUUACGAGAUAACGUGGAUCUACUGGGAAGCUUAGCAGAUCUGUACUUCAGAGCUGGAGACAAUAAAAACUCUGUCCUCAAAUUUGAACAAGCACAGAUGUUGGAUCCUUAUCUAAUAAAAGGAAUGGAUGUAUAUGGCUACCUCCUGGCACGAGAAGGGCGGCUGGAGGAUGUGGAGAAUCUUGGCUGCCGCCUUUUCAAUAUUUCUGAUCAGCAUGCAGAACCCUGGGUGGUCUCUGGGUGUCAUAGCUUCUAUAGCAAACGCUACUCUCGGGCCCUGUAUUUAGGAGCAAAGGCCAUUCAGCUGAACAGUAAUAGUGUUCAAGCUUUGCUACUUAAGGGAGCAGCACUCAGGAACAUGGCUUUUUAUGUUUUAUUUUUUUCAGGUCUCAUCGAAUGUUACUUAGCCUCAAACAGUAUUCGUGAAGCAAUGGUAAUGGCUAACAAUGUUUACAAAACUCUAGGAGCAAAUGCACAGACUCUUACCCUUUUAGCCACUGUUUGUCUCGAAGACCCAGUGACACAGGAAAAAGCCAAAACGUUACUAGAUAAAGCCCUGAACCAAAGGCCGGAUUACAUUAAGGCUGUGGUGAAAAAAGCAGAACUGCUUAGCAGAGAGCAGAAAUACGAAGAUGGGAUUGCUUUGCUGAGGAACGCACUAGCUAAUCAGAGUGACUGUGUCCUGCAUCGGAUCCUAGGAGAUUUCCUUGUAGCUGUCAAUGAGUAUCAGGAAGCAAUGGACCAGUAUAGUAUAGCACUAAGUUUGGACCCCAAUGACCAGAAGUCUCUAGAGGGGAUGCAGAAGAUGGAGAAGGAGGAGAGUCCCACGGAUGCCACUCAGGAGGAGGAUGUGGACGACAUGGAAGGGAGUGGGGAAGAAGGGGACCUGGAGGGCAGCGACAGUGAGGCGGCCCAGUGGGCUGACCAGGAGCAGUGGUUCGGCAUGCAGUGAGGCAGGCAGCAGCUCCGUGGCCACACUGGCCUGCCCUGCUCUGAGCACUUCCAUGGACUGAAAGAACCGUAGGAGCCCGCUCUCUGGGAGGACAAUGAUUCAGCAUGUGAUUGCAGCAGGGGUUUCUGCCCCCUGGCUCCAUAUUUCUAGUAGUGACUUCAUUUUUUAAAACUGAGCCUGAACAACCUUCCAUAUAAAUCCAUCCUUCCCUGCUCCAGUCAGGGAGGACUGAGUGAGCCUUCUGGGAGGCCCACAGAUAUGCUGAGACUUCUGGGACAGUACUUUUUAUAUAACUAACUUCUCAAUCUGAAGGCUCGAGGACUAGACAGUGUUUUGUGUAUGAUGAUGUGGGUGGAUUUGAAAAGAGUGACCUGUCACCCAGAGCAAAAGUGUCAACUCCUGAGUAGGACAGCUACACGGGUUGGCCCUUUCAGAGAGGGCUUCUGUCCCAGAAAUCAUCAUCCUAGUAACCUUGCUUCCUUCUGCAAUGUUAGUAAUGCCUUAAGCUGACAGUUGCUAUUUUGCAGAACAAUUUUCCUACUUGCUAAUCUGGUAACAUGCGUAUGAACCUGGGCCAGAUCUGAGAAAGAGGUGUGACCUAGAGCAUGAACACCUGGGGUAAUUAACUAAUAAAACUUUUCUAUACAGUAA